GAGGCUGCUGACUGGCUUCGCUCUGGAGAGAUCUGCACCCUAUUUGCUUCCUGUUUCACAUCUACCGCAUCUGCCAGAGAUCGGGUUUUCCCUGUCCUUGUUCGCUUCACGCCCGUAGCCUUUGAUUUUGAUGAUGCAGCUUCUUUACGGGCCUUGGAGGAACACUCCGGACUAGGCUCAGGUACUAUAAUCGGUGGCCGCUGGAUCAAGGCUGUUGAUCGUCGCCACCCUACUCAGUCGAGGGCACACUGUGUUCUCUAUACCACGUCGGCUGAGGCCGCGAACUCUCUCAUCUCCGGGAAUGUUGUUAUAUUGGAUUGUUUGGUAGAAGUGGAGAAGUUCAAGAAAGAACCGGUCAAGUGCUCCCGUUGCCAUCAUUAUGGGCACAUGGUUGCGUCUUGCAAGUCUAGUGCUGAUGUAUGCGGAUCCUGUGGAGGUGCUCAUCGCUCGUUCAAAUGUACUGCUUACAAGACCGUUCAUUGCGUUUCUUGCAACUCAGAUUCUCACGCCAGUUCUGAUAGGCAUUGCCCAACCUUCCUCCAGUUGUGUGAUGAUUAUGAUAUGCGCAACCCAGACAACGCUAUGCCUUUCUAU